CUCUCUCCUGAGAGCAGGCAUUGCACCUGGAAUGGAGGUCAGGGGUGGUUCGCUCCUGCAGAACAAGAGCUCCCACCACAAGGCUCUCUGUGGGAUACUUUGUGUCCCUGGGACACUUUUCUAGGUGAGAGAGUUCUAGAUCCCAGCAGAAGGCAAAUAAUUUCUUUUGUUCUCUAGGUUUGUGGAUACCUCCUGGCUGGGUUUCAUGGAGAAAUUCUUUUCUGAUUACCAACACGGAUCCCAGAGCAGCCUCUGCCUCUCUCUGGACAGAAUGAAAGGCCAACUGUAACCAGACAUAACUGACCAUCAUGGGGAAACUGAUCAGAUUGGGGACACAGGAGAGGCGGAUAUUCCGACGACCAAAGAGGCUUCAGUGGAGUCGCCUCCUUUUCCUCCUGGGAAUGUUGAUCAUUGGUUCCACCUAUCAGCACCUGAGGAGACCCCAGAACCCUCUCUCAAGGUGGACAAAAGUCUCUGCCCAGCAGCCUAUUAAAUUGGCCAGCAGGGAUCUCCCUAGUGAUGAGAUGACAGUGGUGGGCAGUGACCCCCCAGAGGCUAGCUCUGAAGUGGACGGUGAGAUGCUAGUACCCCAAAAUAUAGCAAUCAGGGAUGAAACAACACCUAGCAUAACAAUGGAGGAUACCCCUAACCCACCCAGAACAACCCAAAUCACCCCAGCAUCACCAAAGAAUAAUUAUAGCCCUACAGCGGCUGGUACGGAAAGAAGAAAGGAAAACGCUCCACCCACACCUAGCAGAGCAUCAAACCACUUCAUCUCAACGUCAGGCUAUGCCCUAAUACCCAGGGGAGAAAGGAGAAACUCCAUCCCUACUCACCCCAGGGAAAAGGGAAGGAAGUCUACCUCAUCCCCAGGGGGUGCGCCAUCUGCUACCACCCCCACAACAACAGAGAAAGACAGCAAAACCAUGGCAACCUAUAGGCUGUGGGAGACCAGACUACCCAAGAGAACAAUGAAAGAAAACACUGCAGUUUCUCCCAAAAGAGUGGUUCUGAACACCCCGACUUCCUUAACACAUGAAGUAGAAACAAGCCUCUUGACUUCUCCAAGUUUGGUGGCAGAGAAUGCCCUGGGAAGUCCUAGAAGAGAGGAACAAACCAGCUCUAUCAGUCCCCAGGGAGCAGUCCCACAGCGCGCCCCAGCCACCUCUGAGGAGCAAGUGACAGUAAGCACCAGGAUGGGUAGUACCCCAUCAACCACUGAAGCUUCUGCUGCUGCCUGGAGAAUUAGUAAUCCCUCAUCCAGAACCAGUGUGUCAACCAUUAGAAUCGCCUCAGCCACCAACAGGGAGCUGGCAAAGAGACCUUCCACAGUACGCAGUGCCCCAGUAACUCCCAAAGUCAAGGCAAUGCUGACCACACAGGUCCACCGCUGUGUGGUUGUGCAGCCGGCCCCAGCUGUACCCAUGGCCUCAUCUCCGAGCGUGACAAACAUCCUGUUCCCAGAGGCUCCCAGUUCCAGUCCCUCAGCUUUACCCCCUGACUGGCCAAACCUCCACCCCAAGGCCGAGUACCCCCCGGACCUGUUCAGUGUGGAGGAUCGGCGACAGGGCUGGGUGGUCCUGCACAUCUUCGGCAUGAUGUACGUGUUUGUGGCCUUGGCCAUUGUGUGCGACGAGUACUUUGUCCCAGCCCUGGGAGUCAUCACAGACAAGCUGCAGAUCUCUGAGGAUGUGGCUGGCGCCACAUUCAUGGCCGCCGGAGGCUCCGCCCCUGAGCUCUUCACCUCUCUCAUUGGUGUCUUUAUCUCCCACAGCAAUGUGGGUAUCGGUACCAUUGUGGGCUCUGCUGUGUUCAACAUCCUUUUUGUCAUCGGUACCUGCGCCCUCUUCUCCAGGGAGAUCCUCAAUCUCACCUGGUGGCCCUUGUUCCGUGAUGUCUCCUUCUACAUUCUUGACUUGUCCAUGCUCAUCGUCUUCUUCCUGGAUAGCCUCAUUGCCUGGUGGGAGAGCCUGCUGCUGCUGCUGGCCUACGCUCUCUACGUGUUCACCAUGAAGUGGAACAAGCAGAUUGAGCUUUGGGUGAAAGAGCAGCUCAGCAGGAGGCCGGUAGCCAAGGUCAUGGCCCUGGGGAGCCUCAACAAGCCCAGUGACGGUGCCAUUGAGGAGAACGAGUCACAGGAUAGCAAGAAGCUAAAGCUCCCGUCCUUGCUGACCCGAGGGAGCAGCUCGGCUUCACUCCACAACAGCGUCAUCCGCAGCACCAUCUACCACCUCAUGCUCCACAGCCUGGACCCCCUGGGGGAAGCCCACCCCUCCAAGGACAAGCAGGAGAGUUUGAAUCAGGAGGCCAGAGCCCACCCCCAGACCAAAGCAGAGAGCAGUCCUGACGAGGAGGAGCCAGCCACGCUCCCUGCGGUCAAGGUCACUCCAGCCCAAGCUCCAGGCGCCAAGGGAGAUCAGGAGGAGGAUCCAGGUGGCCAGGGAGAUGUGGGUGAGGCUAAACACACGGGAGAUGCGACAGGUGCAGAGGGUGAAACUCAACCAGGUGAAGGGGAAACCGAGGCAGAAGGAAAAGAAGAUGAACACGAAGGGGAAACUGAGGCAGAAGGAAAAUAUGAGCAUGAAGGGGAAGCUGAGGCAGAAGGAAAAGAAGAUGAACAUGAAGGGGAAACUGAGGCAGAAGGAAAAGUUGUUGAACAGGAAGAGGAAACUGAGGCAAAACGAAAAAAAGAUGACCACGAAGGGCAAAGUGAAACCCAAGCGGACGACACUGAGGUAAAAGAUGGUGAAGGUGAAGCAGAAGCCAAAGCUGAAAAUCAGUGUGAGACCACCCAAGGUGAGACCACCCAAGAUGAGAAAGAUGCAGAUGAUGGAGGGGGAAGUGAUGGAGGGGACAGUGGAGAAGAGGAAGAUGACGAAGAGGAUGAGGAAGAGGAAGAGGAGGAGGAGGAGGAAGACGAGGAGCCUCUGUCCUUGGAAUGGCCCAAGACCAGGCAGAAGCAGGCCAUUUACCUCUUUCUUCUGCCCAUUGUGUUCCCACUGUGGCUGACAGUGCCCGAUGUACGGAGGCAGGAGUCCAGGAAGUUCUUUGUCCUCACCUUCCUGGGAUCCAUCAUCUGGAUAGCCAUGUUCUCAUACCUCAUGGUAUGGUGGGCUCACCAGGUUGGUGAAACCAUUGGGAUUUCAGAAGAGAUUAUGGGUUUGACGAUCCUAGCAGCAGGCACUUCAAUUCCUGACCUCAUCACCAGUGUGAUUGUUGCCCGGAAAGGCCUGGGAGACAUGGCUGUGUCAAGCUCAGUGGGCAGUAACAUAUUUGAUAUAACAGUGGGCUUGCCUGUCCCUUGGCUCCUCUUCUCUCUCAUCAACACUCUGCAGCCUGUUCCGGUCAGCAGCAAUGGCCUGUUCUGUGCCAUCGUCCUGCUGUUUCUCAUGCUCCUGUUUGUGAUCUUCUCAAUCGCAUCGUGUAAAUGGAGAAUGAACAAGAUCCUGGGCUUCACCAUGUUCCUUCUUUACUUUGUCUUCUUGAUAAUCAGUGUGAUGUUAGAAGAUCGAAUCAUAUCCUGUCCUGUAUCUGUCUGACUCAGUCACGGAUAUGCAUGAUGGGCAUAGACCAGAAGCCCAUGCCAGAAGCUCCUGCCCCUCUUGCCACACCAGUCCAAGGAUGAACAUGUGAACUGGACAGCCUGGACCCUCUGAAGUGACUGCCAUCGUGACCGAGGCUUCUCUUUGUAAACUCCUGCAGCUCCUGGUGGAUUGUGAGCACUUCCUUGGUAGGGAGAGUCCUUACCACCCAGGCCUGCAGCUCUCACAGAAUCAGCAGGACAACCCCUGCAGCUGGACAGCUUUCCAAAUGAGACCUGGGAUAAGGCUGGGAUACAGGCACCCUGGCUCACAAUUCCCUGGUCACUCCUGAAGAGCCUCUGGCACAGGGAUGUAGGUGCUGGAGGCUUGCUCUCCUGGCUACGGCCCCACACACAUGCUGCCGUGUGCUAUUCCUCUCGGUGCAAAUGUGAAGUCACAUCAGGUCUGCAAUCAUUAUAAGUUCAGAUAAUGAGCACAAGGAGCUAAGGCCAUGGAAGGGCAGGAAUAAAUUAUCACCAUACCCUAUAGUCCCGGAAGAUGCACGACAAUGUUUCCUAUGCUAAAAGUCAUCAGCUUUUAUUGUUGUAUUUCUGAAAAAUGAAAUUAAAACAGUAAACAGCCUAAAAUGAAGUGUAUAAUUUGUCUUAAUCUAGAGGCAGAGAUUUCAGAAAAAAAAAAACCUACUCAGGGCUAUUUAAAAUUUGGUACUUUCUGGAAAAUCCAUGCUUGUUUUGUCUCUAUCAGUGGUCACUUCAAAGGCUUAGAUAUUUUGACACAGCUUCCCUGCUGCCCCUUCAGGACUGACAUCUGACACUAAAGAGUCAAAGGGAUGUAUUUGCAGAGAGGCUCAAUCUGACGUAUAAUAGAGCUAGGGCUCAGUGCUAUGCUUGUAUGCUAACCUAGACAGGACUGCAGAGCAAGACUAGUCCUGUGUAUAGUUUAUCAGUGGACCUUGAGACAAUUUACAAAGGAGAAAUUAAAAAAUGCUUAGCACAAUGAUGAUAUAGUGAGAAAAAAAGUACUGCUUGCUAUGCAGGUUAGGCUGGCCUCGAACUCACAGAGAUCUACCUGCCCCUGCCUCCUGAGUGCUGGGAUUAAAAGCAUGGCUGCUACACCUGGCUGAGUAUCUAUUUUUAAGGCCAUAAAGGACACUGAAAAAAGUUAAGGUUAAAUAUUUUCUAUAUGCUUGCAUAUUAAACACCAUUGGUUGUUGCUUUUAUUAGCACCAAACUGCAGAGAAUGCUAGAAACAAAUUUUUCUUAUCAUUGGUUUCAGAGUACAAGGAGCGUAAGUGUCUACAGAUUAUGAUGGCAGACUCAUCUAAAGUCAUAAAGAUCGGAAUGAUGUGGUAACAUGCAAGAAGAUUGCGGGACAGACAUGAAGUAAAUACAAUUGGUCAUUCUGGUGUUGGAAGGCAUUCGAGUAUUCAUCUUUAAGAUGGGUUGUACUUCCUCAAGAUUCCCAUGUUUUUGGAAAUAACUUUUAUUAAAUAUUAAUGAAAACUGUGAGUUUACUUGAAUUUUAUUUUACAAACAUGAAUGGACUCACUCCAUCUUUAGCUCAACCUAUCAGAAAGCUCGAAUGGAAAGACUAAUAAAGACUAUGAUAUGUUUAAAUUCCACUCUCUCUCUCUGAACAUGUUUGUAUGUGUACAUGCGCGUAAAUGUGGAGGCUGACACUGGG